AUUGGAAUCCUAGUCGAACAACGGUUUUGGAACAACGCACACAGAAUACAAAAAAAAAAAAAGAAGAAGAAGAAGAAGAAGGGCUGCUUCCUUUUUGCUCUUGGGUAAAGUUCGUUCAUUUUUGGGUCUUUGCUUCUCUUCGUAGCACAAUUUUGAAUAUGGCAAAGCGUGAGAUAUCAAGUACUUUGAGGAACUUGAAGUUUAUGCAAAGGGCGGUUGUGAGGGAGGAAAAAGCUAAGAAACAAGAAGAGGAGAAACCUGAUGGGAAUUUCUUUUCCCCUGGUACUAUUAGGAAGUGUGUGGUAAUAAUGGAAGGGGAUCCCCAUCCAGGAGCAUCUAUAGGACGGAUGUCAUUUCAAAGUUUUAAUCCUUCUGUGGAUAAACUAAAUGAAGAUACAACAAACCUUGGUCAGCCUAAAGUGUCUGAUGUGUACGUCUCUACCUCCAGUGGUCAGAGUGGAGGAACAUCUUUUAGAGGGAAUGGAUCAUCACUGAAUGGAGCAGAGUGCUCAAACACUGGUAAUGCAAAAUCUGAUGGAGACCUUAAACGAAAACAAUCUGAUGUAGUACCUGAAUCACCACACAAAAAUAAAUCACCAAAAACUGAAGGUAGCCAACAGUCGUCUCCAAAUAGCAAUAAGGGGUCCUUCAAGCAACCAAAGCGUGAAAAGCUGGACUGGAGUGUGCUCAGACCAAAAAGUCAAAACAAUCAAAAUAAGAGAGGGUGAGCUAGGGAGUUUAUCUUAAUAGCUGCAGAAUUUCCUUCUUUUAUUGUCAAGUUCUAAUUCUUUUUAGCCAAAUCCUAACAGUUGAUGUUGUAUUGUUGUACUUCUGUUUCUGUACCUUGUUUUACCUUUUAAGCUAAAGAAUUUACCCGUAGUAUGAUAAUAUAGAAUACUAUAUUUUUGCCA